AUGGACAAAGCAAUCGACACUCGCUUCGAGCGGCUGGAGCGGGCUCUAGCGAAUCUCAUAGAUUCCGUCGCAAAAUACAACCCAUCGGCAGCUCAAGCUCAUGAACUUGACAAUGCUGACCGAGAGCUCAGUCAAGGUCUCGAGGAAGUGCAAACCCAUCAAAACAACCAUCUACGCAUCCAGAAGCUACGCGAGGAGAGCCACUCCCUCGACGACCAGAUCCGCGAAUGUCUCACCAACCUAGCUUCCACACGCAAGGAGGUUCUAUCGAUACCAACAACCGUGUUCCCCACGAAGCCGGGUUACGCCUUCACCUACGAUGAGCUCCUCGGCUACGCCCGCAGAAUAAGCAAAACAACAAUGCCCCCUCCCGGCGUCACGAACGGCGUACUCCUUCAGCCUUCCGACGGAGCCAAUGGGGAUUCAACCCCCGUGAUAAACGGCAACCCCGCCGGCGGAAGCGCAGUGCAAACCCCCAGCGCGACGCAGCCGGCCACGCCGCUUUCCCAGCUCCCACACGAACUGCAAUCGCAGCAGACACUCGCCUCGACCAACACCUCCCUCCCCGAGGGUCUCAGUUUCCACCUCAACCCCCACGCCGGCGCCCUCUUCUUCCCUUGGCCCCUGGAAGACAAGAUACGUUCGGGCGCGUUGUCCAGCAACCAGCUACUCGAGGAGCAAGGGAUUAAUCCCAAGAACUACGACCCCGUGGCCGAAGAAGAAAGGAAGCAGCGGGAAGAGGAGGAGAAGCGGCAACGGGAGGAGGAGGAGAGAAUUCACAGGGAGGAAAUGGAACGGAAGGUGCGGGAGGAGAGGGAGCGGGCCAUUCUCGAGCGGGCGAAACGGCGAGAAGAAGAGGCGGCGGCGGGGGGCUGGAGGAAGGGCAGUGUUGCUGGUGCUUCUGGGCAGCCACCAGCCGGUGGCGCAGCUGGACUUGGGGAGAAGAAACAGUUCCAGUUUACUAGCAUCGACGAUAUGGACGACGAUGACUAG